CAAAAAUACAGGCAGCUGCAUUUGCGGCUCCACGCUCCCAGCGUGCAGACUUUGACUUGUUGUUGAGAAAUGUACGGAAACAACCAAGGGAACCAGUACCCCCAGGGGUACCCCAAUCAGCCUGGGGGAUACCCGCAAUAUCCUUCUGGUGGGGCUUACCCUCAAUAUCCGCCAGGCGGCUGCCCUCCUCAGCCCUGCUGCCCACCUGGCAGUGGACAGGGUCACGGUCAUGGGCAUGAUCAUGGGCACGGGCAUGGACACGGACAUGAUCAUGGACAUGGGCAUGGCCAUGGACAUGAUCAUGGACAUGGACAUGGACAUGGGCAUGGACAUGGCCAUGGGCAUGGACACGGGCAUGAUCAUGGACAUGGACAUUGCCAUGGAAAGGACAAGGACAAGCACAAGCACAAACACAAGCACGGGCACAAGCAUGGCAAGUGCCACAAGAAAGAAAAAGACUGUCACGGGUCAUCCAGCAGUUCUUGUAGCAGUGACUCCGACUAGACCGAAGCAGCCAAGAUGGCAGCAGAUUUGUGAAGGAAUAAUUUACCACCCAAAUUUCUGAAGAUAAUGAGGCUGCGCUUAAGUAACCCUCCUGUUAUGUUGGUUCCUUUCGUGCAGUACACCCAAAAAUGUUCACGUGUUAUAGAACCUGCUGUACAGUUUACCAUCCCAAAAAAUGUAAUCAACUGGAAUGUGAUGUACUGUAUUGAAUUUACCAUGUCAAUUUAUACUUUAAUAAACACCAAAAUACAUAUUAA